AUGGCUGCUCUGUGGAUUUUGAUAGGUGUCCUGGCAAUAACGGCUGGUACUCUCUCGGCCGAGUUACCACUCAGAGCCAAUGGCAUCGAGCUUACUCUGGAGCCUCUGAUUACUGGCGGGUUCCACCUCGUUCUCACCACAGGCGACGUGAGAACAGUCUAUGGUCACAUUGGUCGCACCCUCUACUCGCCGUUCACCUCAGAGGACAUAGAAGGCGGGGUCCUCGUCCACAUCGGCUCAGCGAACCUCACCGUGAGGACAGUGAGAGAUGACGCAGCCGACGCGCGGGGCAUUAAAAUCAAAUGGGACUCGUAUGAACCCCUGAGAUUUGAGGACUGUUUUGAUUUUGGUUCAAAGCACUGGUACGCUGGUCCAAUGCAGAUAGAUCAAAUAUAUCCGAUAGAAGGUGCUCAACAGAACUACAGUGCCUACGUAUCCAAAGAGACAGACAACGGGGCUAUUGUUGAGAGAUACUGGCUCAACUCAGCUGGAGAAUAUAUUUACGUGAACCCGCAAGUACCUCUGUUCGUGGACUACUAUCUGAUACAACCCAACCACAUCUGCUUUGGAGCGCAGCAAGCAGCUCCAUAUUCAUCAAGGAGGAACCAUACGGAGCUAUCUUACGAUUUUUGGUUAUUAGCUGAUGUUAAAAAGGCACAUAAACACGCUGUCGCUCACUAUUUAGGCAAGCCGUCGGGCUUACCAGACUUUAGGAUGGUCCAGCAUCCGAUUUGGUCAACGUGGGCUCAGUAUUCUCAAAAUAUUACUGAAGAGAAAGUUCUGGAAUACGCGCAACAGAUUGUGGAUUACGGAUUCAACAAUUCGCAGUUAGAAAUCGAUGAUCUAUGGGAAACUUGCUACGGGACUUUAGAGGUGGACACGAAUAAAUUCCCGAAUCUGACUAACUUGGUGGAGGAGGUUAAAGCCCUUGGAUUCCGAGUGACAAUUUGGGUUCACCCGUUCAUUAACAACAACUGUGAAGAAAUUUAUACUGAAGCAUUGAACAAUGGGUACCUAGUUCUAGACGAAGCCGGCACAGCAGCGGCGAACUGGUGGAAUCCGAACGGCUCCAUCCCCGGCCUGGUCGACUUCACCAAGCCGGCCGCGGCCGAGUGGUGGUACCGCCGCGUGAACAAUCUCAUCGACACUUACGGCAUUGACAGCAUCAAAUUCGACGCUGGAGAGAGCAGUUUCUCACCACAGAUUCCAGUACAAGAGGGCGAUAUAGACUUGCACCCUCACAACAUCGUUGACGCGUACGUGAGGACCUGUGCUCGCUUCGGAGACAUGGUAGAAGUGCGAGCUGGAUUCAGAACCCAAGAUCUUCCCAUCUUUGUACGAAUGGUGGACAGGGAUUCCAUCUGGGGCUUGAAUAACGGGCUGCCCACCAUCGUCACCACCACCAUACAGAUGAAUCUCAACGGCUAUCCACUGGUGCUGCCGGACAUGAUCGGAGGCAACGGCUUCAACCUCAACCACCCGCAAGCCGACCUGCCCAGCAAGGAGCUGUUCAUACGCUGGGUGCAAGCCAACACCUUCCUACCAGCUAUGCAGUAUUCUUUUGCACCUUGGAAUUUUGAUAAUGAGACAGUGGAGAUAAGCAAGAAGUUCACAGAACUCCACGCAGAAUACGCAGAAGUAAUCUACGCAGCGAUGCAGGCAGCCGUGGACGACGGCUCGCCGGUUAACCCGCCGCUGUGGUGGUUAGACCCCAGCGAUCAAGAGGCACUUACAAUAUGGGACGAAUAUCUUCUCGGUGAAAACAUCUUAGUAGCUCCAGUAUUCAGGGAAGGUAUCACAGUCCGCGACGUUUACCUUCCGACCGGCCGGUGGUUCGACCAGGGUGAUCCAGAAAAGGUCCGCGAGGGUCCAAUUUGGAUCAGGAACUACCCAGCUCCCAUCGGCGUGCUGCCGUACUUCGUGAGAGAUCCAGACACUGUUCCAGACAGCGCUAGCGAUCCAUUCCUAUCCGUGGUGUUAAUAGUCUUAGGAUUAGCUGUAGUGUUUAACUUACGAUAG